AUGGUGGUCCUGAGGUUACUCAUCUUCCUGUUCUCUGGCUAUCCUCUCUUCCGGGACGAGCAGGAGCGCUUUGUGUGCAACACCAUCCAGCCAGGCUGCACCAACGUCUGCUUCGACGGCUUUGCUCCCCUCUCCCUCUUCCGCUUCUGGCUGUUCCAACUGAUCAUGCUCUGUCUCCCUCACAUGAUGUUCAUCUCUUAUAUCAUCCACAAAGUAUCGUCAGCUCUUCGUAUCGGGGGGAACUAUUUAUCUGGAAGCAGAAGUCAGGCCAGAGCAGGCUCUCUGUGCACCCCUCUACACGCUCUACCAAAAGGAACACCUAACUUUCUAAGUGUCUAUCUUAUGGAUGUGAUACUGCGGAUUCUGCUGGAGGGAGCGUUCAGUGCCGGCCAGUACUACCUCUAUGGCUUCUCUGUCCCCAGGAGCUUCCAGUGUUAUGAAUUCCCCUGUACGUCCAUGGUGGAGUGUUACGUGUCCAGACCCACAGAGAAGACCAUCAUGCUCAACUUCAUGCUGGGGGCUGCCUCCCUGUCUCUUCUACUGAACUUGGCAGAUCUGGUGUGCUCUGUGCAACGGAUGGUGACACAGAGGACCAGGAGAAAGGAGCUUGGGGGAGAGUUGAAGAAGGAGGGCAGACUGUUCAUGAACAGUGGGGUUGGAGAGGACAUGGAAGUCCUGUACAACCAGAACCACAGCACCCCCAAAACUGUCCUCAAGAGAGGACAAAGUUACAUUGACAAACCAACCUCGAAUGGUAACCCAAACGGUGACCUUUCACACAGAAGAGUCAGAAUAAAUGAUGAGACUCGCGUUAGUGUGGCUGCCCCACCACUGCAGGGGAGCAGGCUGCCUCGGAGGCAACCGCCAUUUCAGCCCAUACCUAUGGGGGCUCCAUCAAGCGGUCACUUCGUUAAUCCCAACCACAUCUCCCGUUCAUAUUCCGUCCCUCUCUCCCGGCGGUUAGAGAGAGACCCAGUAGUAGUGUCACGCCAGUUUACCCCCUCACCAAUGUACAGUGGUCGGAAGCAUGGCAAGUACACCAUGGUAGACGCAACACUCCUGGAGCAGCAUUAUGAUAGCGCAGAGUCCCGUGAUAGGCUCCUGGACGAAGUCAACCUGCAGGAAGCAAGGGGCUCCUCAAGCUCUUCCAGUGAUUCUUCUUCCUCAUCAGAUGCUCAAUAA